CAGCGGGUGGAGACUGGAUCCCCGGUCUGUCCUGGUGCUGGUAGCCGGUUCAGAGUGCGUGAGGGGCGGACAGUGCAGCAUGUUGCGUACCGCUCUGGCUAGCCUGUUGGGAGCUGUACUCCUGCUUGGGAUAUGUUCGGCGGAGACCAAGGAGGCGGUGCGGCCCGAGAAGCUCCUGGUCAUCACCGUCGCCACGGAAAAUACGGAAGGAUACCAGCGAUUCCUGCGCACGGCCAAGCAUUUCAACUACACAGUCCGGACUCUGGGGUUGGGGCAGGAAUGGAAGGGCGGUGAUGUGGCGCGCACGGUCGGCGGAGGGCAGAAGGUGCGAUGGUUAAAAGAAGAGCUGGAGAAAUACCGGGAGGAGGAGGACCUGGUUAUCAUGUUUGUGGACAGCUAUGAUGUGGUUCUAGCAGGCAGUCCCAUCGAGCUCCUCUGGAAGUUCCAUCAGUUUGACCACCGGGUGGUCUUCUCCGCAGAGGGCUUCUGCUGGCCGGACUGGUCGCUGGCCGAGAAGUAUCCUGUCGUCAACAAUGGCAAACGCUUCCUGAACUCUGGAGGGUUUAUCGGCUACGCUCCCCAACUCUACCGGAUGGCGCAGCUCUGGAAGUACAAGGAUAACGACGACGACCAACUGUUUUACACCAAGGUCUACCUGGACACGUCCCUGCGGGAGAAGUUCAGCAUGACUCUGGACCACAAAUCCAAGAUAUUCCAGAACCUUAACGGAGCCAUCGAUGAAGUUGUCCUGAAGUUUGAAAGUAACAAAGUGCGUGCGCGGAACGUGGCUUACGACUCCAUCCCUGUAGUUAUUCACGGAAACGGCCCCACAAAGCUCCAUCUGAAUUAUCUGGCAAAUUACGUCCCAAACGCCUGGACCCACGAAGGCGGCUGUGAGAUCUGUGACGGUGACCUCCUCGACCUGUCCGGCCUGGAGGAUGAUGAUUUGCCGCGUGUGCUGCUGGCCGUGUUCAUCGAGCAGCCGACCCCGUUCCUCCCCGAGUUCCUGGAGAGAUUGGUGACGUUGGAUUACCCCCGAAAUCGCCUGUCCCUCUUCAUCCAUAACAGCGAAGUUUAUCACGAGAAGCACAUCCAGGCUUUCUGGGAGAAGCACCGCCAGGAGUUCCUGAGUGUGAAGAUGGUGGGACCGGAGGAGGCUCUGUCCCAGGGCGAGGCCAGAGACAUGGGCAUGGAUCUCUGCCGGCAGGAUGAGACAUGCGACUACUACUUCAGCUUGGAUGCAGAUGUUGUUGUAACAAAUCCUGAUCUUUUGUAUAUACUGAUACAGGAGAACAAGAAGGUCAUCGCCCCCAUGGUGUCUCGCAGCGGAAAACUCUGGUCCAACUUCUGGGGAGCUCUGAGCCCCGAGGGAUAUUACGCUCGAUCCGAGGACUAUGUGGAUAUAGUGCAGGCCAAGAGAGUGGGUGUGUGGAACGUCCCGUAUAUCGCUCACUCGUAUCUAAUCAAGGGGGAAACCCUCCGCAAGGAGCUCUCCCAACGAAGCGUCUUCACCUCCUCCCAGACCGACCCCGACAUGGCUUUCUGUAAAAACGUGCGAGAACAGAACGUCUUCCUGCACAUCAGUAAUCGGGAUGAGUUCGGGCGUCUGAUUUCCACGUCCAGAUACAACACGUCCCACCUUCACAGCGACCUGUGGCAGAUCUUCGAGAACCCGGUGGACUGGAAGGAGAAAUAUAUCCACGAGAAUUACUCCAAGAUCUUUGAAGAGGAUUAUUAUGAGCAGCCCUGCCCCGACGUUUACUGGUUCCCCAUCUUUAAGGACGUGAUGUGCGAUGAGUUUGUAGAAGAGAUGGAGAAUUUUGGCCAGUGGUCCGGGGGCAAAAACCAGGACCAGCGCCUCGCCGGCGGCUACGAGAACGUGCCAACCGUGGACAUUCACAUGACGCAGGUCGGCUACCAGGAGGAGUGGCUGAAGUUCUUGCAGGAAUAUAUUGCGCCCGUUACCGAGAAACUCUUCCCGGGAUAUUACACCAAGGCCAAGGCGCUUCUGAACUUCAUUGUCCGAUACAGACCCGACGAGCAGCCGUCUCUCCGUCCUCACCACGACGCCUCCACUUUCACUAUCAACGUCGCGCUCAACCAUAAAGGCGUUGACUUCCAGGGAGGUGGUUGCCGCUUCAUCCGCUACAACUGCCAAGUGGAAGCUCCUCGCAAAGGCUGGUCCUUCAUUCACCCGGGUCGGCUCACCCAUUACCACGAAGGGCUUCCCACCACCAGCGGGACCCGCUACAUCAUGGUCUCCUUUGUAGAUCCCUGACCGCACCCUCGCUUUCCACGCUCUCCUCCCCGGACCGGUCAGACGCCGCCAGGUGGAGAACAUUCUCAUCUGCCCCAACUG